UUUAAAGAGAAAUGUCAUGGCGGCCGCUGUGUAAUUUUAAAGUAGACCAAAAACCUGCAACCGAUACAUUUUCACACGUGACAUCGUUUUCAAAGUAGGCCGAAUCUGGAAAAUUACGACAAAUACGAACAUGGCAACCCUGAGUGAUAGGAAGACAAACUGUUUUCGAAUACUUAUACUAACCGCGGUAACCGUACUAUUUGUGGCGUGAAUUGAGUAUGUAGUAUAUACUUAUUAAGUAUGUAUUAGUAUACAGUAUGUUAGUAUUGGUAUUCGAACACAGCUAGAGUUUCUAAACCCAUUGCAUAAAAUCAAUUAGAGAAAUGAAAAAUGAUUCCUUAGCUGUUAAUUUUCUCGAAAUCUAAAGGCACAACCUUUCUUAAGUAGUUGAACAUGUUAUUACUCCAACUUCUGAAAGUGACAAACUGACACGUUUUCAUUUUCGUCAACAACAACUUUAUAUCGAAGGAGUGCCUUUUGAUUUGACGGCCUGCACACGCGCAGUUCAGCGAGAGACGACUGUUCGACGUGUUUUUUAAUAUAUCUUUUUCUCUGUUAGACGUGUUCUUGCGCAUGAGUUUAGCUAAUCAACGUCGCCAUGAUAUUGCCUACAAGCGUGAUCGUACUGUCUUUGGUAGCAAGCACAAACACCUCCACCCAAUCAGUCUACAAUACUGCACAACACCCUUCGUUACUAUGACAACCGGCGUAUCCAUGUUAGCGAGUUACUGGUGACUGAACACACAUUCGUUUUGGUAACUUCGAACUUUCAGUUUGGACAGUCAGUAUCCCAAAAUGAAUGUGAAAAACAAACCUGAAUUGAGCAUUAUGGCCUGCAGUGUGAACAAAGGCUUUAUUCAUACUUGAAGUUGGAUGCAUACAGGGACUGAACAAACUGAUGUGAAGAGGUGAUAAUAGACCUAACAACUGAAUAACAUCAUUCAGAGGAAGAAGCAUUUAGUCACAUCAUGCUCCGCCCCAUUUUUGCUAUUCUUAUUUUGCAUUAGAUGCAUGCACGGAAAUAGUUUUUGUCACAAAGUGUACAGGUGUUGCAUGAGUGUAUUAGUAUAGUGUGUGAGUAUCCACAUGCUUUCAUUUCAAGCAGGGAACUGUUACAAUAUGACAGGAGUCCGGUCUACACAGAUUCCAUAACUUUUCAAAAAGUAUAGUUUUGAUUGACUUUAUCAACAUUUGUCUGUAAAUUCCUCUGGCACUUUGAUGGAAGGAUGGGGACAGUCUCUGAAGAAGUUAGGAGGCUUUUGAAUGACUGUGAGCUGUUUGUAUCAGAUAUCCUACAGGAUGAGAACCUCAGUAAACAUGCCAGGGAAACACGGGAUGUCUUGCUUAAUAACUUCAGGGUGAUCUACUCCAGAAAUCCUCAGGCGUUUCCCUUCAGAUCUGAGUCCAGACAGGAGGACAGUUCAGAUGACAACCAGAGCUCCAGUCUGGGCCGCUCGGCCCCCUCAGAAGACCUGUCAGUGGCCUCUGACUACCAGGACGAGGGCUCUCCCGACUACUUUGAGGAGAUCCAAAUGGUGGCAGCCCAGGAUCUCAGCAACGUCUUGAAACAAGGCUACCUGGAGAAGAAACGACAAGAUCACAGCUUCUUCAGCUUAGAAUGGCAAAAGCGAUGGUGUGUCCUCAAAAACACAAUAUUCUACUACUUUGGGAGUGACAAAGACAAGCAGCAGAAGAGCGCCUUCUAUAUCAAGGGUUACAGUGCAGAGAUGGUGGCCAACCUACGUAAAGACUCCAAGAAAAAUGCCUGCUUUGAGCUGAGUGCCCCUGGCCGACAGUCCUUCCAGUUCACUGCUAGCAGUGUGCGAGAAGCCAUGGAAUGGGUGGACCAGAUCAACUUUGUCCUGAAAGAUUUGAGUUCCAGCUUUAUCCCCUUUGAGGAUGAGACCUAUGAUGACAUUGAGGGGGUGACGGGGGUGGCCAGCCGUCCCCCUUGGCCCGGCCCCUUCCCGGUCCUGCCCCAGCAGGUCAAAGCCUCUCUCAGUAGCCAGGAGGAAGGGAAGCCCAGCCAGUGGGAGGAACAGGAAAAGGAUGAUAUCUACGAGGUGCUCCCAGAGGAUGAAUUUCCAGGAUCCAUUGAGGAGAUCAGUGAGAAGAGCACGAAACCAGUGUGGUCCAUAGACUAUGCCAAUUACUACCAGGGCUUGUGGGACUGUGAGGCAGACGAGCCUGACGAGCUGGCCUUCCAAAGAGGUGACCUCAUCUACAUCGUCAGUAAGGAGUAUAACAUCAAUGGCUGGUGGGUCGGAGAGCUAAACGGAACCAUCGGUAUUGUCCCUAAAGACUUCCUCCAUCCUGCCUACAUCCUCUGAGCUCCCAAGAGUUGAGUGAUGUGACUGACUACAUUCUCAAUCCCCAACACCGAACACUUCAAGAUUGAUGACAGAUUGACCUUUUUUAUUAUUUCGUAAUAUAGCGUUAUGCUGUUAGUGUCAUUGUUGUUGUAUGUUUUUGUAAAGAUAUGCUUCAUUUCCAUGCAUAAAUUACAUUACCAUGGUUCUUCUGAGGCGUUUGGUGUAUACAUCAAAUUCUGGAUAAUGCUGAUGUCACAAAAAGGUUUCCUCUGUUCAAUUGUUUCCAAUGUAUUUGUGCCCAUGUGUGUGAAUGGAAAUUGCCAGACAUUGAGGAAACAUUAUGCCCCUGUGACAAAAAUAGGAAAUCCUCACCUCUGGUGAACUGGGGGGCUGUCUAUUCCAUAUUAUGAAGCAUACGAACUGGUGCCUUCAACAGCCUUGUGUCUGAGGCUACAAUGCUUGUUAUUUUGAUGCUGACUUCAAAUAUGUAGGCCACAAGGGGUCAGGCAUGCUCCCUGGUGCGAUUGAAUUAUUUUUCAAUUAAGUGUUUGAAAUUGGAAUACCUGAUCAUUUGCAAUAAGAAAACAUAUUUAUUUUAGAUUUUUGAGCCUGUAAAAAUAUUGUUAGAUAUUUAAAUUCCACAAUAUGAUGUACAUAAGAACUUGUUUGACUGUGCAUAUGAAAGUCUAUGGCAAUAUAAAUGUCUGGAAACGAAAGAGACACCUAUUUAGGCGAGGUGCUGGCUAAUAUAAAUGUCUACAUGUCAUGCACUAAAAUAGACUCAGAUGCAAAGUACAGGUGGGGGAAGAAACUACAGUGCCCUCCACUAAUAUUGGCACCCUUGGUAAAUAUGAGCAAAACUGGCUGUGAAAGAAAUGUCUUUGUUUAUCCUCUUGGUCUUUCAUUCAAAAUAUUCACAAAAAUCUAACCUUUAAUUAAAGUAAAAUAAUUGAAAAUAAGAAAAUAAAUUCAUAAAACAAAUAUUUUUCUAAAAUAUAUGUGUGCCUCAAUUAUUGGAAUCCCUUCAUUCAAUAAUUUGUGCAAACUCCCUUUGACAAGAUAACUGCUCUGAGUCUUCUCCUAUAAUGCAUAAUGCGGUUGGAGAACACAUGGUAAGGGAUCAGAAUCUCUCCAGAUCCUUCAGAUUCUGUGGUCCAUGCUUGUGGACUCUCCUCUUCAGCUGACACGGCAAGGUUUUCUAUGGGGUUUAGGUUGUGGAUUGGGAUGGCCAUGGCAAAACGUUGAUUCUGUGGUCAGUGAACCUUUUUUUGUGUUGAUUUUGAGGUGUGCUUUGGAUCAUUGUCCUGCUGGAUGAUCCAACCACGGCCCAGUUUAAGCUUUCUAGCAGAGGCAGUCAGGUUUUGAUUUAAUAUUUUUUACAUUUAACCUUUAUUUAACUAGGUAAGUCAGUUAAGAACAAAUUCUUAUUUUACAAUGAUGGCUUACCCCAGCCAAAACCUCCCCUAGCACGGAUGACACUGGGCCAAUUGUGCGCCGCCCUAUGGGACUCCCGAUCAUGGCCGGUUGGGAUACAGCCCGGGAUCUGUUGUGACACCUCUAACAAACUGUAGGCGCUCGGGUUUGUUGUUUGAUGACAGCAAAUGCCUUUUUUCUAUGGCAACCAUCCCAAACAACUUGUGGUUAUGUAGGUGGCGUCUUAUUGUGGUUUUGGAGAAUUUCUGACCCCAAGACCCAACUUACGUCUGCAAUUCUCCAGCUGUGAUCCAUGGAGAUUUUUUGGCCACUCGAACCAUCCUCCUCACUGUGUUUGGGGUCAAUAUAGACAUGCGUCCUCUUCCAGGCCGAUUGUUAACAUCUCCAGUUGCUUUAAACUUCAGUUAGAUUUUACUCAUAAGAAUUUAUAGGGGUGCCAAUAAUUGUGACACGUUCCAGAGUAAAAUAUUUCAAUAAUUUUACUUAGAUUUUUGUGAAUAUUUUGAAAGGCAGACAUUUUUUCACAGCCCGUUUUGCUCAUAUUUACCAAGGGUGCCAAUAUUAGUGGAGGGCACUAACAUUUUAUUUCCAAGUACAAUUAUAUUCCACAGAAAUAUUGUCAUCAAUAGGUGCAUUCCUAGUUUAUUUUUGACUAUUUUUAGGUAGGUAUAUUGCCCUUGUACAUCCUUGUAUGAACUACCUAAGUGGAAAAAACUGUCUGGUAAUCAUCUACAUAACAUAAAAGGGGUACUUCAAACAACUGCUAUGCCAUUUAAAUAAACUAAUGCACUGUUAAAAGGCUGAAUAUGAGAACAAACAUCCCCAACAUUGCAAAACACUGUACAGUGUGUUUGGGACUUUUACCAUUGAAGACAAUUAGACCAUAACAUUGAAACGAGUAGAACUGCUGUAGCCUGAUGGGAAUAAACCACACACACGGUUCAUUUCCUGGACACAGAUUAAGCCGAAGACAAACUGAAGGACUGGCUUGAAUUGGGAGGAUGAUCAUGAGCAAAAGCUUUUGGUUUACUUCCCAAAGUUGCAAAGAAAAUGUUGCGAUCCAUUUAAUAAACACAAGAGACAAGCCAAACUGA